AUUUUAAAUGCAUGUGCAGAAUCUCCAAAUUAUGUUCUUUCAGGUUUGUCAUGUCAUUUUGAAAAUAUGUCAGUGUUGAUGUUUUCUGACUGUUGCGGUAAUGAGAUUUUUUAGGACUAAUUUUUAAAAUUAUGUUACAAAAAGUGUUAAAUGAUAAGUAAAAGUUUUUAAAUUAAUGUUCCCAUUUACUCCAGACUUUGUUUUUCAAUGUCUGGUGGGAAAAAAAGUAAAUUUAAGCAAUUUUUACAUUUUCAUGCUUGACAUGUUUAAAACCAAGUUUUCGUGAGAAUCACCCAUGUACACAAAAUUAAAAACAAAACCAUUUUCAGAACUAAAUGUCUUCUAUAGGCAUCAGUCAGUAUCUAGUGUGACCUCUCUUGGCACGAAACACAUCUUGAGCUUUUUUUUUGGAGACUGAAGUCCUGAAGUCAUUCCAUUAGGAUUAGGAUUUAAUUUUAUUUAGGUUUAAGAGAUCCUGCAGUUUCCUGCUAUCGCUGAAGUGGAAGAGGAAUUUACCCUAAAAAUACUUGACACUCCAACUUAUACUUUAUACAGUUUUUAAUACUACAUACACAUUUCCUGUAUUUUCUGGUUGUAUUCUAAUAAAAAGAUUGAGAAAUAAUUAUAUAUGAUCGCUAUAACAUUACAAAACCAACAAAUUUGGUAGCAUGGUGGCCUAAGACUUUUGCACAGUGCUGUACAUUAUUGCACAACAAAGUGACAUGAAUUAAAGCCUUGUUUAUACAUGAUAUGGUUCUUUAAUACUUCACAAAUACAAACAUAAACAUGUUCAUAUUGUACAUGUUCUCUCUAUUCCUAAAUUAUCUCUGUGUGUAAAUAAUAAAUGAUCAUUUAAGGUUUUGAUUUCAUCUGCUGUUAUACAGUAUUCACUCUCCAGCAGAGAACUGAUAUUUUUUAGUUCCUGUGAGUAGAUACAAUCUAUUUUUAUCUGAACAUUACUUUCUAUUUUUAGACCACUGCAUUACUUAAAUAUGAUGGCUGUAAGUGGCAUUUAAGUCAGCGUGAGCUUUCAGGAAAAACAAUGGAUUCUUAACCUUUUAGUAGUCCACUUAAAACACUUGCAUUCAGACUCUCUAAAUUUCAUUAAUGGCCCACUUCUAAAGAUAAGAGUCCAUCAGUGGAAAUGUACAGUAGUAGGUCAAGUAUCAUAUUUGACAACACGAAUGAAUGAAUAAUAACACUGUUCAAUGUUCAGUAGGAGAAUUGUCUACAAUAUACCAGUACAGCAGAAUUUUGCUGUUUUGGUUUGUCUGUUGGACAGAAAUCAUUUUAUCUACAGAAUGGAUGUGGAUGACAUCUCACUAACUUGCUAUUGUAAGUCAUUGAAUAAAGUAUGACUGCCAGACAGUUCUGUUACAUACUGUCAACGCUGUUCAGUCUGCAUUAAAUCAUGAUUUUCAACUAUUUUUACAUUUACAUUUUUACAUUAAAUAUUGUUAUGGCCUGUAACAUGUAUCUCAUGAUCCAUGACAAACUAAUUUUGGACUUUAAAUGUACCUGCAGUUAUAUAAUCAUCCACUGAAGUUUUACAUCUGAAUUAUAAAUCAUAUAAAAAUGAUAGCAAAAGCUGCUCUAAGCUAUUUUUUAUUUGCACUUUUUGUCACAUGUAUAUCCUUUACAGAAAGAUAGCACAAGGAAAAAUAUAGUUUUACAAUUCCUAAAAAAGCUUGUCGUGUUGCUGUUAAGUUUGCAGAGAUGUUUCUACAUUGUCAAUUGAAAGUACUUUGUCAUCAGUACUAGUGAAACAAAGUAGUGUUAAAUAGUUUUGUAUUUUCAGCAGAUUCUCUCAAGCACUCAUUUGGUCUCUGUGAUUGGCUGCUGUGCUCACAUCUCUAUUGUCCUCCAGUCAGCUCUUGUGCCCUGACAAAAAACUCCGGCCAAUAGUUCAUGGAAAUCUGCCUGCCGUGGCAUAAUUAAGCUUUACACUAUUCAAUCCGAUAACAUUUUCUGGAAAAACAGUUUGUCUGUAGGUGGAAGAUGUACAGCUUUAUGGGUGGUGGAUUGUUUUGUGCCGGGGUGGGGAACAUACUCCUGGUGAUCUCCACUGCGACUGAUUACUGGAUGCAGUACCGCCAGGCCAGUAGUUACAUGAAUCAAGGUCUGUGGCGCUACUGUGUACCUGGAAAAUGCAUGACACACACAGACAGCAUCGCAUAUUGGGAUGCUACCCGGGCAUUCAUGAUUCUGGCUAUCUUGGCGUGUUUCUUCGGCCUCAUCGUUGGUAUAAUGGCUUUCAUGAAUUACUCUUUUGAUGGGUUUGACAAAACCUUCACUGCAGGAAUUCUCUACUUCAUUUCAUGCUGCUUCGUGCUGUUGGCCAUGGCUGUCUACACUGGGAUGACGGUGAACUACUAUGGAAAACGUUAUGGGAAUUGGAGGUUUUCUUGGUCGUACAUAAUGGGAUGGGUGUCUGUGGUGCUCACCUUCUUUUCCGGGAUUUUCUAUAUGUGCGCUUACCGGAUGCGUCAACCCAGAGGUCCCAUGCCACGCUGAUGCAUUUUAAUCCUCCUAUCUUGAUCCAUUCAGUUUGAAGCAUCAUGUCCCCCCUGGUCCUCUCAUUUUAGAUCUGCCAUUUAUUGUUUUCAUUUACAGUGAUUAAAUGAUUAAUUAAAAAGGUUUG